AUGUCCCGCUCCAUCCUCGUCACCGGCGCUACUGGCAAGCAAGGCGGCGCCGUCAUUGACGCGCUGCUCAAGCCGCCUACCUCGCAAGCCGCAGAGGACUCUGCGCCAUUCGACAUUCUCGCCGUCACACGCGACCCGUCGUCGGCAUCCGCCACGCGCCUGGCCGCCAAGUCGUCCACCAUCAAGCUCGUCAAGGGCGACAUGGACAACGUCCCGGCCCUGUUUGAGAGUGCGCGCGCCGUCUCCCCGAACGGCCAAAUCUGGGGCGUCUACUCGGUCCAGGCCGUAGCGACGUCGAGCGCCAAGCCCGAGGACGCGCCCGAGACCAAGCAAGGUGUCGCCAUGGUCGACGAGGCUGUCAAGGCUGGCGUGCAGACGUUUGUCUACUCGUCCGUCGACAGGGGAGGCGAGGAGCGCAGCUGGAACAACCCCACCCCUGUCCCGCACUUCAAGACCAAGCACCUUAUCGAACAGCACCUGCGCAAGGCCGCCGGCGACAAGAUGGGCUGGACGAUCCUCCGCCCCGUCAUCUUCUACGACAACUUGGCCCCGGGCUUCCCGACGGCCAUGUUCCUCACGUACCUCCGUGACAAGAUGGGGUCCAAGCCCAUGCCGUGGAUCGCCACGUCGGACAUUGGCGCGUUCGGUGCCGCGGCCUUCCGCAACCCGGCCAAGCUCAACCACCGCGCCCUCAGCCUCGGCGGCGACGUGUUCACGUUUGACGACAUGAACAAGACGUUCCAAAAGGUCACGGGCAAGCCUGCCCCCACGACGUUCUCGUUCCUCACGUGGCCGCUCGGCCUCGUCAAGGACGUCCGCCUCAUGGUCAACUGGUUCAAGGACGAGGGAUACAAGGUCAACGCCAACGAGCUGCGCGAGAUCCACCCCGGCCUGCUUGACUUUGAGGGAUGGCUCCGCAAGGACAGCAAGUUUGACAAGGUCAACUAG